CCCAUUGCAGAUUGGUAUAAAAUGCACUCGAGGUUCCCACAGAAUUCAUUCUCGUGAAUAAUUUUAUUGUGUUCGCUACAAUUAAGUUUGGAAAAAUGGUUCGGGUGGGAGUACUCGCACUCCUGGGCCUCACAACUUUUUGCGCAAUCGGCCCCAUUGCACAUGUAAGUGCAACGGAUCCAGCCGCCGUAGAUGUGAAAGCAUUGGUUGAUAUCUUGAAUAACAUCGGUAGUUCAGGUGGUGCAGGAGGUACCGUAGGAGGAGGUGGUGGUGCUGCAAGUCCUAGUUUAGUUAACAUCAAUCUUUUGGUGCAACUUCUCAAUCAACUACGGAGUGGCGGUCAAACCGGUACCGUCAGUACCGGGACGUUAACUGGCAUUUGUAAUCGAGCGUGUGUCCACCCACCAUCAUCUUCAGGAACAAACACAGAUAGUUUGAUAGCCAUAAAAAUUCUCAUUCAACUUUUAAACACCCUCUUGAGAUCUGCUGAGGGUGGUGGUAGUGUUGGAGGUGGUGGUGGAAGCACUAGGGGCGGUGGAAGUUUGCUGAGUGUCACCGCUCUCGUCAAUUUAUUGAACGUGAUAGCUGGACGUACUGGUGGCUCAUCCCCUGGCGCAACCACUACCAAACCUCUUAUAGGCAUUGAUGUUCUCCUGAAUGCCCUCAAUUCCUACAGAAGCUCCAGGAGAUCUGGUGGAAGAAGAUACUGUCAUGUGGGUGAAUUCAACAAACUCCUGGAUCUGGAGACCAAGCGGGCAGGCCAGGGUGUCGGUGAAGGUAGCGUUCUCAAUGCCAAUGCAAUACUGUCUCUUCUGGAUCGAGUUACCUACCCUCCUACACGCACUUCAGCGAGAGACAACAGUUUGAUUCAGAUUAAUAUUCUUGUGGACGCGUUGAAUCAACUUCUUGGUGGUACGGGUCGCUGUGGUGUCAGGGGCUCGUGGGAUUGCGGACGUGGUGUUCAAGGCGGAAAGGAUGCUCUGGCAUCCGUUGACGUCUCCGCGUCUCUUUUGAAUAACUGCUCCAAAGACGGUGGUGGGUUGCUUGGUCUUGUUGGAAAUCUUCUGAAUAAUCUGUUAGGUGGCCUGCUCGGUGGGCACGGUGGUCUUCUGGGUGGACUUCUUGGUGGCCUUCUAGGAGGAGGAGGAGGAGGAUCGGGUGGGCUUUUAGGUGGCAUUUUAGGGUAAAGUUACAACUACAAUUAAUAUUUUCAAAUCUUAAGGAACCAAUGGGGGCUAUCCCUCUUGUCUCCCGUCUUCUUGAAUUACGAAACCCUUUUAUAUUGACAAGUAAAUAUUUUGGUAAAUAAAAAACUGUGCAUUUGA